AUGGCGACUCAGAAGAAUUGGAACUCAACAGAGAACUUUUUCAAUUAUACCCGGGGGCGUUUUGUUGUUAACGAGGCAGAGGAGAUGCGGCAGCGACAUGUGCGCUUUGAUAUGAACGAACUGGCUAGGCUAGCCGCAGAUACUGUUGGCGCAAAGGAGGUUGUCAAUAUCGAAAAAUGUGCUGAUGGCCUUUUCAACAAAGCCUUUGUUUUCACCUUUGAGGAUGGAAAGCAGGUAAUUGGCAAAGUUCCCAACCCGAUUGCCAUUACAACCCAUCUUACAACCGCUAGUGAAGUUGCAACUAUGGAGUUUAUGAGAACUGUGCUUAAAACUCCCAUUCCACGAGCCUAUGCAUGGAGCUCUAAAGCUGAUGACGGCAAAAAUUCUGUGGGAGCUGAAUACAUCAUCAUGGAGAAGAUUGCGGGCAUUCCACUGGGGAAAGUCUGGAAACACCUUUUGGGGAGUGAUAAGAUGAAGGUUCUGAUUAAUAUAUUCAAACAUUAG